CUCUGUAACCCGCAAUUUGUAAUUAAAUUGAGGACGAAGGGAGUAUAAACUUUGAUUGUGAAAAAAGUGUGUAUGAAAUAAGGAGUAUUUAGUUACUCCCUCCGUCCGGAAUUAAAGUUCCCAUUCUAAGUUUUUCUUCGUCCGAAAAAGAAGUUCUCAUUAUAUGUUUUCCUACCCAAUCUUCCUAAAAUACCCCUAUCUCCCUUUCCCGUCCUUUCUUGUUUUCCUUUUUCUUUCUCUCGGCAAUGUCUUCUCCGCCAGACCAGAGUUUGGAUCUCGUUUGUUUUUUUCAGAUCUAGAAAAUCUGGAGAUCCAUUUGUGCGGCAAGAGAUUCGCCUUGGUUCUGGUCCAUAUGAUAGUAAUGGACAAUGAAAAUAGAGUGAAGAUUGGGCUGCGACUGGCCCAAACUUCACGACUGAAAAAGCCCAAAUCCAAAAAAAACCCUCCCGCGGCUGUUUUUGCUUUGAUCUUCGACAUUGACGGGGAAAGAUUAGCAGAGAGACUGAGAGAGAGAGAGAUGGAGGUUGAAGAAGAAGAAGAAGUAUCCGCAGCUACUGAAUCGAGCUCCUUCAAUCGCGUCGGACUCAAAAACUACGUCCAAACCAAUUUCGGAGAUGAUUACGUUUUCGAAAUCGCGCCCAAGGAAGAUUGGACGUCAAUGGCGGUUUCGCUGUCGACAAAUGCGGUGAAAUUUUACUCCCAGGCGAGCGGACAGUUUCUGGGGGAGUGCCGAGGCCAUUCCUCUACGAUUAAUCACAUCUCCUUUGGGGCAAGUGGUCCAAUGGAGCAUAUUCUGCAUUCAUGUUCUUCAGAUGGCACUUUCAGAGCAUGGGACACCAGAACAUUCCAACAGGUAUCUUGCAUGAAUGCAGGGCCUUCCCAGGAGAUCUUCAGCUUCUCAUUUGGUGGCGCUGCAGAUAAUCUUUUUGCAGCGGGGUGUAAAUCUCAGAUAAUCAUCUGGGACUGGAGAACCCAAAAGAUGGUUGCAUGCUUGGAUGAAUCUCACAUGGAGGAUGUGACUCAAGUUAGAUUUAUUCCAGGCCACCAAAAUAAGCUUCUUUCUGCUUCUGUUGAUGGAUUGAUGUGUUUAUUUGAUACUAGUGGGGAUAUCAAUGAGGAUGAUCAUUUGGCAUCAGUUUUUAAUGUCGGGACAUCAAUUGGAAAAGUGGGAUUUUUUGGACAGAGAAAUGAGAAACUAUGGUGCUUAACUCACAUUGAAACUUUAAGUGUUUGGGACUGGAAAGAUGAAAGGGUUGAAGCAACAUUUGAGGAUGCCCGGUCAUUGGCUUCCAAAAACUGGAACCUAGAUGAGGUGGAUUAUUUUGUAGACUGCCACUACUCAGUCGAGGGAGACCGACUGUGGGCGGUGGGAGGGACAAAUGCUGGCACCUUAGGGUACUUUCCUAUUGAUUAUAACAAAAAUAAAGGCACAUACACAAUGGAGGCCCCAGAAGUGGUCUUACAAGGUGGGCAUGAAGACGUUGUAAGGAGUGUGGUCCCAAUGUCAUCAAGAUUGUCGCCCGGCGGCGGCGGGAUCUCUCAAAACGAAGGGAUCUUUGGAUGGAGCGGGGGUGAAGACGGCCGCCUCUGUUGUUGGCUGUCCGACAAGUCAGAUAGUUGGAAAACAUCAUGGAUCACAAGCACUCUUGUCCUGAAAUCCCCAAAACCACACUUGAAAAAGAGGCAUUCUCCUUAUUAGGAAGGUAUGGAGGGACAUCUACUUUUGUUAUGUUGUAAAGUAAUGACUAAUGAGUAAUAUUCUUGUGAUGUUCCCCACCCCAUAAGGCCACAACCCCCAAAGUAGUAUGCACUACUACUAUUCGAAGUAUGAUUUGUUUUUAUGUGUUUUUUUGUGUUAGUAAGGAGUAUUAUGAUUGUUGUGAAGUUAUAUAUUCCUCUAUUCUUUACAAACAUUACUUCUUUCAUUUUUGGCAUUCCUACUUCAAUGGGCUAAAUAAAAAAUAAACAUUGAACUUCAUGUUCCUUUUUUUCAAUGAAGUUUUGGGUAGUAA